AUCGCUCUUCAGCUCACUGCCGCCGACGACGAACAAUCAUCCAUUCAACAUCCAUCUCGGCUUUACUUACUUUAGGCGUACAACUUUGGGACUGGGCUACUUUUUUCAUCACAUUCAAUGGCGAAAGGCAAAACAGCAAAUCCAGCGGACGCGUUUCGUAAAGCGCAAAGGAAGAAGGAACUGAAGAAAAACAAGACUGAACGGGCUAAGGCUCGCGAUUUUUCAUUGGUAAAGAAGGAUACACGAGAUGUUGAAGAAGAAAUCGAGAAGCUUGAAGGAUUGUCUGAACGAUCUGCGGCAGACAACUCUCGACUCACACAGCUGAAAGGUGAACUCGAGAAGAUCAAUAAGAAAAAGGAGGAAUAUGUCGCUGAGCAUCCUGAACACCGCAAACUUGUCUUCAAAUCUCGUCGCGCGCACGAUGAAGAUAGGGGUGAAGGUGAAAGCAAGAAGCCAGAGUUCAAGAGCCGCAACCUGUUCAACAAGAAAGGUCUUCCACGUCAUCCGGAACGCAGCAUAUACUAUGAUCCUGUGAUGAACCCAUACGGAGUUGCACCUCCUGGAAUGCCCUACAUGGAAAGACCACUACGACCUGAUGAAAUCGAUAGUGGAGCGGAGGACCAGGCAGAUGAUGAGGAUAUUGUUAUGCCUGAAGGGCCUCCUCCUGAUCAGUCAGAUGGUAGUGAUGAAGAUAUUCCAAUGCCCGAAGGACCCCCUCCUCCUAAGGACGGCUUACCCCAACAGCCUUCUUUACCUCCUACACCAGGACCAUCGACAGUACCUCCACCACCUACACUCCCCGCAGGUUUCGUACCUCCAGGUUUCGCACUGCCGCCGGGUGCUGUAUCACCACCAACCCCGCCUCCUGGUUUUCCUCCAAGCGGGGUACCACUUCCUCCUCCACCUCUUCCUGUUAACAUGUCGGGCAUACCACCUCCACCUCCUCCUGGUUUCCCUCCCUCAUUUGGUGUCCCAUUCCCACCACAGUUCAUGCCACAACCACCUCCACCUCCUGGUUUCCCUCCGAGUGGUAUGCCACCACCACCUCCAGGUUUCUUCCCUCGGCGUGGUGUCCAAUCCGUCAGCUCAAUGCAAGACCCACUUUCGUCAACUCCUCAUCAAACCUACCAAGCACACCGCGCUUCACGUGAUGCAGUACCUCCACCUCCUUCUUUACAUCCCUCAUUACCAAGCAAACCACGCGCACCUAUUUCCAGUGCUGCCGUAGUCUCUGCUGAACCAGAACUCCGAGAUUUCAAGAAGGAAAGUACUGCUUUCGUACCCACCACUUUGAAGCGCAAGAAGGCUGGUGCUGGAAGCGCAGCCCCGACAAAAGUCAAUGCAGCACCCUCACUUGCCCCGUCGACGGGUGAAGAAGAGAGUACUCAGGCACCGAGACCCGACUUGUUGAGUGCAUUGAAAAGUCAAUUUGGUACUCCGAGCGGGGAGACGAAGUCCACGCCUGCACUUGCCGCGAAACCCAAGGAUGAUUAUGAGAAGUUUGUGGAGGAGAUGGGUGAUAUUCUCGGUCCCCCAUCAUGAAAUUGGCUACGUCUACGUUAUCACUGAGUUCAUCUAUAAAAUAUAAUUAGGUUGGGUUUGCUCGACUUUCGAGCAUGCAGACAGAAACCGCACAAUAGGAAGCCGAAGUGUCAUCCUUAUGAGUACACAAUAAUCACUCCCAUUUGGC